GUCCCUGGCAGGCUGAGGGCAGCGGCUUCAGUCGCAGGCUGAGGGCGGCGCGGCCAGCCCGAUGGCUGCCGUGUUCCUGGUUACGCUGUACGAGUAUUCGCCGCUGUUUUACAUCGCCCUGGUGUCCGUCUGCUUCCUCGUCACCAGCGCGCUCGUUCUCGGCUGGUUUGGUUUGGGUGUUCCUGUCAUUCUGAGGAACUCAGAAGAGGCAGAAUCCAGCACAAGGGUAUUGAAAAAGCGGAUGAGACAAGUGAAAAAUCCUUUUGGGUUGGAGAUCCAUAAUCCUGCUGCAGCUUCAGUAACAAGGGGUGUGACACUGACACCUGACUGCCUGGAGGACUGUGUCCUUACCUGCUACUGGGGCUGCAAUGUGCAGAAACUCCAUGAAGCUCUGCAGAAACACGUCUACUGCUUCAGGAUAAAGACUCCUCAGGCAUUAGAGGAUGCUCUCUACAACGAAUACCUCUACAAACAGCAGUACUUCAUUAAAAAAAAUGACAAGGCAGAGAAAUAUUGUCAGUUAGCAGAAGAUGCUCAAGUUGUGGAUUUUGGCCCCGUGCCUAGAGCUCGCUAUCCCUUGGUAGCACUGCUGACGUUAGCAGAUGAAGAAGACAGAGAAAUAUAUGAUAUUAUUGCAAUGGUGGCUGUAAUUCACGUUCCUGAUGAAAGCUACAGACUCUCCUGCCGAAUUCUGUAUCAGUAUCUCCUCCUAGCUCAAGGUCAAUACCAUGACCUGAAGCAACUCUUCAUGUCUGCAAAUAGUCCUGCACCCUCCUGCAGUGACACCUUCCCUGGUGAGAGCAGCACUGACAGAGGGCUGCUGGAAAAGGCUGGGCUGGCUGGAGAUGAACCAGAAUUGCAGGAAGAAAACAGCAAAGACUGUGUGGUGUGCCAGAAUGGCCCUGUGAACUGGGUCCUGCUGCCCUGCAGACACACGUGCCUGUGUGAUGGCUGCAUCAGGUAUUUCCAGCAGUGCCCCAUGUGCAGGCAGUUCGUGCAGGAGUCUUUUCCACUUUGCAGCAAAAAGGAGCAAGAUGAGGAUGAAUCGACCCGUGUCUUGCAAGAUGUUCUUCCUGGAAGAGUUUUUUAACAGGAGUUAAAAAUAAAAGACCUGGGUUAUGUGCACUAAGAUUAAAUGUGGAAGCCAGACUAUUUAUGGGAGGAUAUGUAGUGUUAACUUGUAGGAUUUUGCUUUUUUUUGUUGGGUAAUUUUCAGCUUCCUUAUUUUUCCUCGCUCCAUAUGCUCACAGGAGCGCUGCUUCCCCGUGCAAUGUGGACAGGAGAAGUGCGUGGGAUAGCUCUGAAGGAUGUGAAUUUAUUUAUAACUGCUUCCUAGAUUUUCUUGGAGCACUGUUGGAGGCUAUUUUGACUACUAAAUUUAGGCUGUCUACUAAAAAAAGAAUAAAACUUGCAAGUGCAGUUGCC